AUGAUCGCUGAUGGAAAAUACCGCAAUACUGCACUGAGUCGCAACACGUGGAAGAAGUUGAUCGGCUUACAGUCCUCCUCACAGACCAACUGUAACAAAGAAAGCCUCAAUACUGCGGGCAGUUCCAAAGGCUAUUCUAAAGCAAGAAUUGGUAUUCUCGGAAAUAAUCAAAAGGACUGCACAACCACUGAUUCUUUAAUCGGCUUUGGAAUGGGAGGAUAUCAGGAUGACGCCAUCUCUUGUGGAAAUUAUGCAAUAAAAGGAUACACAUCGGACAGUGGAGAGAAGCACAUCAAAGUUAUGGGAUAUAUUUCGGUGCAGUGACAAGGGAAUCGUUGAAAUAUCCGUGACAUGGCCUUCGAGCAAUGCCCAAAGUAAACUCAAAUUUGUAAAUGUAGCUCAAGGGGUUAAAGCUAAUGAAAAAAAGUCUGAUACCGUUUAACUAGUUUGGACUUUCGUUCGUUUACCGUUGACAUCCAGUUCAUGAUCAAAAUUAUUUCCUGACAAUUUUCAAUGGUUGUGAUAAUAUAAUAAUUGCUGGAAGUUGGGAUUUCACAUGAAUAAAAAAUUGGCGCAAAAAAAUAUUCCUUGUCAAUGACGUAUACAUAUUUGUGAUAUGAUCCACUGAAUAAUUCACAACAAAACUUAGUUUCAAACUAAGAUUUGAGAUGAUGUUUGACCAGUAUGUGUCAGCAUACAUCGGAUCCUUCCAUCGUUAAUCUGUUAUAAAAUGGUCACGAAUAAUUCCCCAAUAGAGAACAGUAAGAAAAGUUUAUGAUCGAAAAUUGAUUAUCCCUUCACUAAAAUUGCGCACAAUAAUACUCCUAUUGAUAUUUCAUUAGCGAUAAAAUCUCAACACGGAAGAGGUUGCUACUCUUAGGUCUAAAUUCUAAUUCUCCUUCAUGACAACAGUUUUAUUCUGAGUGUCACUCAGUUGGUACACAAAGACAGCAUUUUUUGUACUCAUCUCUAGUUGGUCACUUUCGCGGUUGUUGAACGAUUCGCUGCUACUAGUAGCAGGAGAAUAAAUUACCUAAUGGAACACACCCUUCCCCAAGAUAUGCCUCGGCAUGAAGAUCAGCCCAGAGCAAGAGUUGGUAUUCUCGGAAAUAAUGAAAAAGACUGCACAAGCACUGAUUCUAGAAUCUACUUUGGAGCGGGAGGAUACCAUGACGACAACAGAACAUGCGAAGGUGUUGUUAAGUUCCAAAUAGAGAUGGAAACAAUUUUGGCGGUGGUUUUGAUCUUAGACUACGCAAAAUUUGGUUAUUAAACGUAGCGGUCCAGCAGAUUACAACUCAGAAAUGAACAAAGCUGCUUGAUUGUUCUUAUCAUCGUUAUGAUAUCUCUUGCUUCACUACGUUCUUGUCCCGACUCUUGUACUGUCCCUAAUAAUCAUUUUAGAGCAUUGACGGAUUAAUUAACCCUUUACCUCUCAAGAGAGAAUUUCUCCUUACAAUAUCAAGCAUAGCAGUGAUGGGAAUAAAGAAAAAUAUCAAUUCGGUGUUAUUAGUUAAACACGGCUGUGACGUUUAAGAUUAGUGCGUGUCUCAGAAAACAGAAGUAGUAAGCACGGGCAUUUGUGUUUACAUAACCUAAUAAAGACUAGAAAAGGUUUAAAAAACACUUUUCGAUAGAAAAUCCAUAAAAUCCAUGACAGUCCUUUCAGUUUAUAAUACACAUGUUACGAAUUCUCCCUACCCAAUCAUCUUGAGCCAGAAAGGUUAAAAGACUAUAAAUUUAAGACUAUAAAAGUAUUCAAUUUAUUCAUAUUUGUCAGAGUUCAUUUGUUUGUAUUUUGGCGCUGUAACACCUUCAUCUUGUGUCUUUUUGUCUCCACGUAGUUAAUAAGUUUCUUUUAUUCAUGCUCACCACUUUUUUAUUAGACUUUCAGCCAAUUCCCGCCUGUGAUUUUUUUCGGUUACCGUAAAGAAGUCUGAUUACAAGUAUCUCGCUGCUUGCGUCUUACCGAAAGUGUUUUCAUGAUGAAACUGCAAACUUAGAACAAGAAAAACAUGGAGAACUUGGCUGAUAACCCAAUCAGCAAGUACAUGAAAGUUUUUUAUUCAAUACAUAUUGUAGUGACUACUCUAUAAUGUUCUGAAACAUUUUAAAACGCUACUAACAGCUGAUAGCAUUAAUGUCACAGUUCUAUGUAGACAUAUAAGUUUACAAACCAAUUCACGUCGGCGAGGAACAGAUCUCCUAUUUACUAGCCAAGCUUUGUUUGAAUUAAGAAAAAUGUGCCCUGUGUUUGAAAUUUGGCCUGAUGUCGCAUGCCCAAGACCAUGAGGCUACUUUACCCUUAUGCAGAGCCCAAGAACCCACAUAUGAUAUACAUGGAUACGGUUCUUGGCCGUCUACUGUACAUUUCGUAUAGAAAUUUACUUGUAAUCGACUUAGCGGGCAGUAAAUUUGCAAAUCAAUGGAUUAAGUUUAUUUAAAUUGUAAAUAGUAACAACCUAUUUUAUGAAUACCGUGCAAGAAAUAGUCUUGACGAUUCAAGGAUAAUGUUCCAGAGUCCAAUGCCAAAGAUAUUUUUCGAUGACUUUGCUCCUUAAAUAGUCGUUUCGCAUGCUAAUAGGCAUCCCUCAGAACUAAGGUUAGAAAUAACGAAACAAAAUCGGCGAAGCUGAUGAAAAUACAAUAAACAUUAGCUUUCAAUCCGCAUCAGGAAUUAAAAAAGGCUUCCUUUGCGUGCUCAGCCCUUAAAAGCUCUGAUAUCGAUUUGAUACGAAAACUGAUGUCAAAAACUGAACCGAGCAUACGAAAUUGCAACUGGAAUUAACCUUUUUUAGGAGAAACGGGUUGUCUGUUUUCUUUGCUCUGGCUUACUAGUACACUAUUUAAUUUACCCAGCCGAGGAAGAAGCAAGCCAUGUAAAUAAAUUUUGGUACUUGAUGAAAUAAGAUGGAAAAAAAACUAAAUCGAACGAAAGAAAUAACUUCAUCAAAGUUAUGAAAACUAAAUAUUGACUAUUGGGUUAAAACUCGGAACAGGGUCAUUGGAUUGCCGCCAACAUCAAGAAUAUUUUCGAGUCAGGUAAACAUUUGCUGAUACACAUACAUAAGGUUACGAGCUAGCUACUCAUAACAGACAAAAGAUUCACAGAGUCCUCUUAUUCUCAUAAAGCUACGACAACUCGUCAAAAUGAGUGGGCUGUUCCAAGUUUGUAUCACCGCUGUCUUCCUUUUGCUGACCGUAAAUGGAGACAAAUCCUCCUCUCCAGCUUGCGCCAAACCAUACGACCAAAUGAUGGCCUGUAACCUUAUCUGUAACAUGAUUCAAGACUCGGACGCCAAUGAUGCCAUGAAAAUGUUACAAACCAGACUCGAAAGUCUAACUGCAGCAAUGAAGAAUCGUUCUCCUCCACUUCCAGGUAGUCCAACCAGACUGGAGGAAUUUCAGUGUCUCGCGUAGCAACUCGCGCUAUUGAUUUGAGGGUUGAAACAACAUGUGCGAUUUUUUCAAAAGCCACACAAACGGCUCUCGUUUUUGUUUUCAAACCCUGCUUUCCACCAUUAUUAAGCGUUUAAGAAUGAUGAAACCUAAUUUUUAAAAUAAUAACCUGCACUGUUCUUUUCAUUUCACCAGCGUCGUCAUGCAAGGAACACUACGAAAAAUACAAGUAAAUGAAUAGUGAUACAAUCAUAACAAAAUUAAUGCAAAUAUAUCCCGUGCUGUUAUGUUUAAGAUAAGUUGAUCUUUUUUAGGCGCUUCCUUUUGGUUUUUUACAAUGGCGAUAAUGAAUUUUGUGAACACUGGUAUUUUUGUUGUCCACAGGUCGACAAAGAGUCAAGUUUACCCCCUAAUAUUUGGUUCACAAAACGUUCCUGUUUACUGUCACAUGGGAAGCUUUGGAUGCGGAGAUGGAGGAUGGACUUUGGCCAUGAAGAUUGACGGCAAGAAGGUAUACUACUUUACUAUCAAGGAAUACCACUGUUGUAAACUAUACACCACUAUAACUUUCCUUUUCUCAACAUUUCAGAAAACCUUCCAUUAUGAUUCCAAGUUUUGGAUCGACAAAAAUAUCUACAACCUUCCCGGAGGAAAGACUGGCUUUGACUCAGAGGAGACCAAAUUACCAACCUACUGGAACACACCCUUCUCCUAUGCCUUCUCCCGAGAUAUGCCUCGGUAUGAAAAUCAACCAACAGCUCAGGUUUAUUGUCAUCAACAAGCAGGCAAGCUCUCUCCACUCACUGAUCGCUGAUGGAAAAUAUCGCAACACUGCACUGGGUCGCAACACGUGGAAGAAGUUGAUCGGCUCACAAUCCUCCUUACAGGCCAACUGUAACAAGGAAGGCUUCAAUGCUGCGGGCAGUUCCAAAGGCUAUUCUAAAGCAAGAAUCGGUACUCUCGGAAAUGAUCAAAAAAACAGCGGGACCACUGAUUCCAGAAUCGGCUUUGGAACAGGAGGAUAUCAGGAUGACACCAUCACUUGUGGAAAUUAUGCAAUAAAAGGAUACACAUCAGACAAUGGAGAGAAGCACAUCAAAGCUAUGGGAUAUAUCUUGGUGCAGUGA